AUGUUAUUCUUUAGUUUCUUCAAGACGCUCAUUGACCACGAGGUGACGGUCGAGCUCAAGAACGAUAUCCAGAUCCGAGGCACGCUGAAGAGCGUCGAUCAGUACCUCAAUAUUAAGUUGGAUGAUAUACAAGUUGUCGAGGAGAUCAAGUAUCCGCAUCUGAGCUCUGUUAAAAAUGUCUUCAUCCGAGGCUCAGUCGUUCGCUACGUCCAUCUCCCCGCCGCAGCCGUAGACGUGCCGCUUUUGGAGGACGCAACGAGAAGAGAAGCCGCGCAGCAAGCCGGUAAGGGGAAAUGA